CUACCUAUUCAAGACAUGGAUAUAAAAAAUUCACCAUCGAGCCUUAACUCUCCUGCUUCCUACAACUGCAGUCAACCCAUUCUGCCAGUGGAUCAUGGCCCCAUAUAUAUACCAUCUUCCUAUGUGGAGAGCCGCCAUGAAUAUUCGGCCAUGGCAUUCUAUAGCCCUACUGUGGUGAAUUACACUAUUCCCAGUAGUUCCAAUCAUUCCGAAAGUGGGCCUGGUCAGCAAACCACAAGUUCAAAUGUGUUGUGGCCAAGUCCUGGGCAUCUCUCUCCUUUAGCCAUCCAUUGCCAGCCAUCACUUCUAUACGCAGAACCUCAAAAGAGUUCCUGGUGUGAAGCAAGAUCACUAGAACAUAACUUGCCUAUAAACAGAGAGACACUGAAAAGGAAGGUUAGUGGGAGCAGUUGCACCAGCCCUGUUACUAGUCCAAAGAAGGAUGCCCAUUUCUGUGCCGUCUGCAGUGAUUACGCAUCAGGAUAUCACUAUGGAGUCUGGUCCUGUGAAGGAUGUAAGGCCUUUUUUAAAAGAAGCAUUCAAGGACAUAAUGAUUACAUUUGUCCAGCUACAAAUCAGUGUACUAUAGAUAAGAACAGGCGCAAAAGCUGCCAGGCCUGCCGACUUCGGAAGUGUUAUGAAGUUGGAAUGGUCAAGUGUGGCUCCCGGAGAGAAAGGUGUGGGUAUCGUAUAAUGCGUAGGCAGAGAAAUUCUGAUGAGCAGCUGCAUUGCCUGAGCAAAUCCAAGAAAAAUAGUGGACAUGUGACCCGGGUGAAGGAACUGCUGCCGAGCGCCCUGAGUCCAGAGCAGUUGGUUCUCACGCUGCUUGAGGCAGAGCCACCCAACGUGCUAGUGAGCCGGCCUAGCGCGCCCUUCACUGAGGCCUCCAUGAUGAUGUCCCUCACCAAACUGGCUGACAAGGAACUGGUGCACAUGAUUGGUUGGGCCAAGAAAAUUCCAGGCUUUGUGGAGCUCAGUCUGUAUGACCAAGUGCGGCUCUUGGAGAGCUGCUGGCUGGAGGUGUUAAUGUUGGGGCUGAUGUGGCGCUCGAUUGAUCACCCUGGCAAGCUUAUCUUUGCUCCAGACCUCGUUCUGGACAGGGAUGAGGGAAAAUGCGUAGAAGGAAUUCUGGAAAUCUUUGACAUGCUUCUGGCAACAACUUCAAGGUUUCGCGAGUUAAAACUCCAACACAAAGAGUAUCUCUGUGUCAAGGCCAUGAUCCUUCUCAACUCCAAUAUGUACCCAUUAACUGCAGCACCCCAGGAGGCUGAGAGUAGCCAGAAGCUGACUCACUUACUGAAUGCCGUGACUGAUGCCCUGGUCUGGGUGAUCUCCAAGAGUGGCAUCCCUUCCCAGCAGCAGUCUAUUCGCCUGGCUAACCUGCUGAUGCUCCUUUCUCAUGUCAGGCAUGCCAGUAACAAGGGCAUGGAACACCUACUCAGCAUGAAGUGCAAAAACAUGGUCCCAGUCUAUGAUCUGUUGCUGGAGAUGCUGAAUGCCCACACGCUUCGUGGGUUUAAGUCCUCAGUCGUAGGGUCUGGGGGUAUCCCAGCAGAGGAGAGUGAGAACAAAGAGGGCUUCCAGAACCCACAAUUUCAGUGAUGCCCAGCUCUGAUGUGAACCGGCUGCAGAGGUCAGAGAUUUAAGCAUGACAGCAGCAUGAAUCAUGAGCCCCAAGGGGAGUGGGUGGGCUUCCUUCUACUGUGUUCCUCCUUUGGUUAUGGCAGGCUCGGUCAGGUGCCAUUCACCUCUGACCUCCCCACUUCCCAAGAGUCAAGGUGAGAGAGCCAGACUUCUUGUGACCAGGGGUGCUUGAAUGCAGAGUUUAUGUUUUGCUUGGUCUGCAGGGUCUCACUGUUGACCCUUCCUUGCCACUACCUUCCAUUGCUUUGGAAAACACUUGAGAGCCUGGU